AGAGCCACUGAGGGUGAGGGUCUACCGAGGGAGCGAGGCAGAGUGAGAGAGGUCUGAAUCAUCGACAAUGGAGUCUUUGGUUCUGCAACUCCACGAAAUCGAAGCAGUGAAGUUCGGUAACUUCAAGCUCAAAUCCGGCAUCUUUUCCCCAAUCUACAUCGACCUUCGCCUCAUCGUCUCCUAUCCAUCUCUCCUCCAACAAAUCUCUUCCCUCCUCCUCUCCGCCGUCUCUUCCACCACCUUCGACCUUGUAUGCGGCGUCCCUUACACCGCUCUCCCCAUCGCUACAUGCGUCUCUAUAUCCAACAACAUCCCCAUGGUCAUGCGUCGCAAGGAAAUCAAAGACUACGGCACCUCCAAGGCCAUCGAGGGUGCGUUCAAGGAGAACCAAAUCUGUCUCAUCGUCGAAGACCUCGUCACCAGCGGUGCUUCCGUUCUUGAAACCGCCGCCCCGCUUAAGGCGGUCGGGUUGAAGGUUACGGAUGCUGUGGUGCUUAUCGAUCGGGAGCAGGGAGGGAGGGAGAACCUCGCUGAGAAUGGAAUCCGACUGCAUUCCAUUAUUAAGCUGAAGGAAAUGAUUGAGAUAUUGAGGAAGAAUGGUAAGGUGUCGGAGGAGAUGGAAAAGCAGGUUAAGACUUUCUUGGAAGAGAAUCGCGCGGUUUCCGUUCCGGCGGUGGCGCCGCCGGAGAAGGCCAGAGUUAAGUUGUCGUAUUCGGAGAGAGCAAAGAUGAGUAAAAAUCCAACAGGGAAAAAGCUUUUUGAGGUAAUGGUUGCCAAAGAGAGUAACCUCUGUUUAGCUGCUGAUGUUUCAACUGCUGCAGAGCUACUUGCCCUUGCAGACAAGGUUGGACCAGAGAUUUGCUUAUUGAAAACCCAUGUGGACAUAUUGCCAGAUUUUACCCCUGAGUUUGGCUCCAAGCUUCGCUCAGUCGCAGAUAAACACAACUUCUUAAUCUUUGAGGAUCGUAAGUUUGCUGACAUUGGAAAUACUGUGACUAUGCAGUAUGAAGGAGGUGUGUUCCGCAUUUUGGAUUGGGCAGAUAUAGUUAAUGCUCACAUAAUCUCGGGUCCAGGAAUUGUGGAUGGUCUAAAGUUGAAGGGCUUGCCCCGUGGCAGAGGCCUACUACUGCUUGCAGAAAUGAGCUCAUCGGGAAACCUUGCCAAAGGAGACUAUACAGCUGCAGCUGUGAAAAUUGCUGAAAUCCAUUCAGAUUUUGUCAUUGGCUUCAUCUCAGUCAACCCAGCAUCAUGGCAAGGUGGACCAGUAAAUCCAGCACUUAUCCAUGCAACCCCUGGAGUUCAAAUGGUUGCUGGAGGUGACACACUGGGCCAGCAAUACAAUACUCCUUAUUCUGUUGUCUAUGACAGAGGAAGUGACAUCAUAAUUGUUGGACGUGGGAUUAUUAAGGCUGAAAACCCCGCUGAGGUUGCUAGAGAUUACCGUCUUCAAGGAUGGGAUGCAUAUAUGGCCAGAUGCACUUAAGAAUCCUUGGUCUGAAACCAACGUAUUCUAACUUGCAUGAUUUUGCCAAGGAAUAAUUGAAUUGAAUGUUUUGCUCAAUUUAUUGCAUGGAACAUCUAGCAUAUUGGAGCCAUUGCAUAUACACCAAUACCCAUUUGGGUGUUGGAACUCUCGCAUUCAAUUCAUAAUGAAUCCCAGAUGUGGUGAGAAAUCAAAUGUAGGCUCA